AUGCGUUCAUCAACAAUUCUAGCGUUUAUUUUUAUGUGUUUUGUUUGUUCAAUCGCUAAAACUGCAAAAGAUGAAGAUUUUUCUGAAUUUGAUGAUUUUGAUCACGAUGAAUUUGUCGAUGAAACUCCAUCGUCUACCGGUGCUACUCCGUCAACGCCAAAGACACAAUCAAAUAAGCAAGAAUCAUUAAGAAAGGAAGAAGAACCUCAACUGAAACCAAACCAAAUCAAAGAUGAAGAAGUCUCUAUAGAUGAUGAUGACGAUGAUUUAAUGUUUGAUGAAGAAGAAUUUGAAUCGUCGGAUUCAUUUGGAUCACCAAAUCAACCACUAUCUGAUCUUAAAAUAGCUGAAGUUCCAGCGAAUUUAACUGGCAAUCAUUGGGAAGCUUAUUAUUGUGAAGGAAUCAUGAUUAUCGCACUUCUUGGCUAUUUAAUUAAUUUUCUUAUUGGUCGCACGAAAAAUUCUCAACUUGCUACAACUAUUUUUCGUUCACAACGUGAUCUACUCGAGAAAAACUUCUCUCUUGUCGGUGACAAUGGUCAAACAAAAACUGGUCAAGCAGAAGAACAAACAGAUCUGAUGCUAAAAGAAUCAGAAAAUUUAUAUAUUCUAUGGUGUAGUGGUCGACCAUUGGUCGAUAGCAUGCUUCUAGAAUUACGUUUUGUUAAACGACAAUGCCUAUUCAAUUCAUUGGCUGCAAUAGUUAAAUCAAUAAAUGAUACAAUUGUUUAUACAGUUGAUUAUAGUAAAGAGGAUAUGGAUACGUUCGUAUUUUGUCUAGCACGAAAACGUUGUAUAGCAAGACUUCAUCGCGAUAUGAUCGAUCUGAGCCAAUUUUGUUUGGAAAGAAAAGCUGCCGAUAAAAAACGUCUUAGCGGUAGUUAUCAAAUGUUAACUGAACUCAGUGAAGCAUCAAGUGCAAUUAUCGAUACGAGAAUUACUGAUUUUAUGGAGAAAUUUCCUGAUGCCAUUGAAUAUAUUCAUGUGAGUGAUCAAUAUACAGGCACAAAAACCCAAACAACUGACCCGCAAUCCCCAUCAACACCAGCUCCGGCAAACACUGGUACUGCAGCACAACAACAAGAUGCUCUUAAUAUUAGUGAACGUGCUGUUCGUCGUGUCUUGAUUGUAGCCUUUAAUUUAGUUCCACAAAACGGUCAUUCACUUCAAGUAACAAGUGAAGAUGUAUGCAAUGAUUAUUUACGUUUUGUAUUAUACUUGAUGGAUCGUGUUAGUUUAUUUCGUUUAACAUCAAAAGAAUCGAGAGCGAAAGCGAAUAAAAAUCGUCACCGUAUUGAAGAAACUUUUCUUAAGAGUGUUAAUCAACAACGGCAAGAACAAGCUCAGCAACGACGUGAAGAACAACGUCGAGCUGAAAAAGAAAAGGUCAUGAAAUCGGACGAUCCCGAAUUACAACGUAAAUGGGACGAAAAAGAACAUAAACGUGAGAUGAAACGGCGACAGCCGAAAAUGAAGCAAAUGAAAAUAAAAUCUAUGUGA